AUGCACUUCAAACUCCCAGUACCGAACAGAAUUCUGGUAAAUCACGUGAUACAAAGUGCCCAGGUGAAAUCAGAGAUUGAGUGUGAGACAAACUGUUUCGCUCACGAUGACUGCAUGUCUGUGAACCUCGCACCAUUACAGGAUGGAAACUAUUUGUGUGAGUUGAGCAAUUCAGAUCACGAUAUACAUCCUGAAGACUUCAAACAAAUGGAUAGAACCUUAUUCAAACCGGUGAAGGUAAGUCUGGUCACUUCCCAAAUUAAAUGUUUGCUUUAAUUAGCAGGUUUCUUUUGUGAACACAAGGUUCGGCGGAUUGCUUAAACCGCUCGUCUAGAUCUGUUUAUCUUUCGAAGAAGUUUUGUUUUGUAGGUUUUAUUUACCGAGAAAAUUGUACCUAAAUAUUUAGGUGCUACUCCUUAGGCGUUCUUGCUCGCGUGAUGGAUGCGUCAGAUCUGAUACGCAUGCGCCCCUCGCCCUGACUAUGCGGUUUGUGAUCUUCAUCUCGUUCAUGAUACCAGAAUUAAACUUUAUGCCUGAACUAGAAUUUUAGAGGAUUGAAAAGCGGAAUGAAUUUAUUCAUUUGUCUUUCACAGGAACGAGUUUUAUCUCGAUACCAUUUAAACGGAUAUAGAAAAGUAUAUGGAGAUGACAUGCGAAGUCUUUUCGGUAACAUGUGAAGACUCCGCCUCUGAGACAUCAGUGGUUUGUCCAAAUGAUUAAUUCGCCUUCCCAUGAUUCGGAAAUUUUUUGACAAAGUUAUUAUUUUUAAUGGGUAUUACCGGAGGGAACGGUUUCUCCUCCUUCAUAGUUUUUUCCUUGAGUCAUAGGAAUGCCCUUAAAGCAGGUUAUAUUUUUUAGGACGACUUUUAGUUUCCUUCCUGUAUUGAUUUCAACACAGAACCUUUGUUCAAGGAACUCAUGCCCUAUAAGAGACCGAUGUCAAACAGGUUUUACUGAUAAAGGGUACCGUUGCGUGGCUACAAAUAAAACUUCUGGAGAAACUGGAAACAUCCCUGUGGAAAGUGAUGAUGAAGGUGACCAUGACAACGAUGAUGAUGAUGAUGAUGAUGAAGUUGGCGAUGAUGACGAUGACGAUGAUGAUCAUUAG